AUGGCGAGAUUUGAUCAAUUGGAGGUACGGGUGGACAGCUUGGAGUUUCCGCAUAGUCGUGACAUCGAUCCUCCUGACGAUGAUUACGAUUCGGACGAGAGAGAUUACGCGGAAUAUAGGGGGAGUGAUUUGCCGCUGCGCGAACCGAACCCUCGCAAUCGUUUAUUAGGGUUUCGCGAAAGGAGAGGAGCACGGGGUGGCCGUCGAGGUGCUUUUUCGCGCCGUGACGAGUCGAGACGUGGAGGGGAUUGGCAGUAUGACGGAAUUGCAGCCAACAGAAUGGUCCCCUAUCAUUCACGUAGGGUAUCAAGCUGGGACCCGCCAACAAUGCGUCAAAGAGGAUGGAGAGAUCAGCGCCGACGCGUCUCAUGUUGGGACCCCCCGGCUGCCAGGGAUCGAUCAACGUACCAGUUUGGAUCGGACUUACACCACGGCGUCAAGAUGCGAGCCCCGCAUUUCGAUGGUUCUGACGCAUCGAAUUGGAUCUCCCGUGUGGAAUAUUAUUUUGACCAUAUUAUGAUGCCCGACGAGGAUCGACUACACUACGCGGUAAUGCUUUUCGAUCCUCCAGCCGCAGAAUGGAUAUUUAACUAUCGAAACAACAAUCGCUACGUGACUUGGAGUGAAUUCUUGGAGGAUGUUCGUCACAGGUUUGAUCCGCAGAGCUUCCGGAAUUAUAUUGGGCCUCUAUCCAAAUUGGUGCAAACAGGAACCGUGGCCGAAUAUCACGACACAUUUGAGAAGUAUUUGAAUCGGGUGGAAGGGGUACCGGAUUACAUCUUAAUUCCGGUAUUUAUCGAGGGCCUCAAGAUGCCCAUUCAGGAGAAAGUGGAGUUACAACAGCCGCAAUCGUUAGCUGAGGCAAUGGCGUUGGCCUUAAGGUUGGCGGCAAAUCAAGAACAUCGUUAUCAACAAACAUCAUCGUCACAGAGACGACAAUGGCCGAUCCGCGAGUCACGCCAGCAGUCGCUACCACCAUCGCUGCCUGACGGGGGUACUUCGCAGGUCCAGAAGGCGGGCAAGCAGCCUCAGGAACCGGAUCGCACACGCUUUGUACCGAUCCGGGUUUCAAAUGCCGAGAAAUCCGAGCGCUCGCGCAAAGGCUUAUGCUGGCAUUGCCCGGAGAAGUACGCACCGGGCCAUGUAUGCACCACAAAAUUGCUAUGCUAUGCGGGGGACGAGGAUGAUGAAGUGUCGGGUUAUGGACAGGACUGCACACCGCAGGAGGAAGAGCUUAUCACGGAGGACAUCUCUCACUUGCAUUCCCUCACGGGGGGCAAAAGAUCGAUUCCCUUCCAGAUCCUGGGUGAAUUGGGUGUCACGAUGGUGCGUAUUUUGAUUGAUACGGGGAGUACUCACAAUUUCCUCCACUCACGUUUCGCGGAGAAAUUGCAGCUACAACUUUCAAGAAUCCGUCCUUUCCGUGUGUAUGUGGGAAAUGGGGCUUCCUUAAUUUGCUCCCAUAUUUCGCGGCGAACUAAAUUAUCAAUACAGGGGACUGAGUUUUUAACGGAUUUACACAUCCUCGAUGUUCACGGCUGGGACGUGAUCCUCGGCAUGGAUUGGUUGGAGUCUUUGGGACGAAUAUCUGCGGAUUUCGUUGGGAAAACAUUGGAGUUCCAGCGAGGAGACAAAUCAGUUAUUUUACAGGGGCGUGUGCCGAGCCCACAACAAAUUUCGCUACAGUCCUUGGCAUUGUUGGCAUCGUUCUCCGCAGGUCACGAAUUCUAUGAGAUCGUCGCCCUGGACCAUGACGACGGGGCAUCGAUCAGUGAUACACCGGAGACGGAAUUCCCGUCAACAAUACCGUCCGCAUGCCGUCGGGUUCUCGAGUCGCACAGAGGAGUUUUUGUUCUGCCGUCGGGUAUGCCGCCUCCAAGGCCCUUUGACCACCGGAUCCACCUGCUACCGGGCACGAGGCCAGUCAAUGUCCGACCCUACCGCUACCCUUAUUUCCAGAAGAAUGAAAUUGAACGUCAAGUAAAGGAAAUGUUAUCACAAGGCAUAAUCCAGCGUAGUCAGAGCCCAUUUUCCUCCCCAGUGUUGUUAAUUCGGAAGAAGGACGGGACUUUCCGAUUUUGUAUCGACUACCGUGCUUUGAAUAUGGCGACAGUCCCCGAUCAAUUCCCGAUCCCGACUGCGGACGAGCUCUUCGAUGAAUUAGGUGGGGCGAAAUUCUUCACAAAGCUUGAUCUACGUUCUGGCUACCAUCAGAUCAGAAUGCACGAGGCUGAUAUCUUCAAGACGGCUUUCAGAACUCACGAUGGCCAUUUCGAAUUCUUGGUGAUGCCAUUCGGUUUGACGAACGCGCCGUCUACUUUUCAGGCAGCAAUGAAUUCUAUUUUCCAGCCUCUUUUGCGACGAUGUGUGAUUGUAUUCUUCGACGACAUCUUGGUGUACAGCCCUACGCUGGACUCCCAUUGCGAGCACUUAUCAGAGGUACUAUCGCUCCUUAGCGCGAAUCAAUUCUAUGUGAAAUUGUCUAAGUGCUCGUUUUGUUGCACUACUGUCGAAUAUCUUGGGCAUUUGAUUGCAGAUGGCACACUCAAUGCGGAUCCUAGGAAAAUUGAAGCUAUGACGGCCUGGCCCGUUCCCAAGACCGUGAAACAGCUCAGGGGUUUCUUGGGCCUUACAGGAUAUUACAGGCGAUUCGUCGCACACUACGCGUCGAUUGCGAGCCCCCUUACGGAAUUACUAAAAAAAGAGGCGUUCGUUUGGACUCCGGCAGCAACCGAUGCAUUCCAGGCCUUAAAAGCGGCGAUGUCAUCAACGCCGGUUCUGCGAUUACCGGACUUCUCCAAGGCAUUUUAUGUGGAAACGGAUGCUUCGGAUAUGGGGAUAGGCGCCGUUUUGAUCCAGGAGGGUCACCCGAUUGCGUACUUCAGCAGAAAAUUGGGUCCUCGUCGCAGAGCCGCCUCAACUUACCAUAAGGAGCUCUAUGCGAUAGUCGAGGCGGUACAGAAGUGGCGUCAAUACUUACUGGGCCGUGAGUUUGUAAUUCGCAGCGAUCAAAAGAGUUUAAAGGAGCUGCUUCAACAGGUGGUACAGACCCCGGAUCAACAACUGUAUGUGAGGAAGUUAAUGGGAUAUAAUUUCCGCAUCGAGUACAAGAAAGGAGCUUUGAACCGGGCAGCGGAUGCGCUGUCUCGGCGUGGGGAAUCGGACCAGGAACCGCAGGAACGGGGUGCGACGGAGGACGGACCCGUGAGGGACGGCGACCCGGCGACGGACGCGGCGUGCCUGACCGCGAUCGCCCAUCCUGUACCGUCACUACUUAACACUUUGAGGGAGGAAGCAACGUCCCAAACGGACUUGGUGGAGCUCACGGCUGACAUAAAUUCUGGAAAAGCCCCGGCUCAGUUUUCUAUCGUGGACGGUUUAAUCUACUUUAACAGACGCUUGGUGGUGAGUCGAGUAUCCAAAUUGAAACGCGUGCUGCUUGAGGAGCACCAUUGUACGCCCAUGGCGGGCCAUCCCGGACACGAGCGUACAUUCCGCCUCCUGUCGGCGGGAUUUUAUUGGCCUAACAUGAGGAAGGAAGUCCGUGCCUUUGUGGAUGCGUGCGCGGUAUGCCAAUCCACGAAGUAUUCGACGCAGAAGCCGGCGGGACUUCUUCAACCGUUGCCCAUUCCGUCGCAGGUGUGGGACGAUGUAUCAAUGGAUUUCAUCACGGGUCUCCCGCAAUCACGCGGAUACACAACAAUAAUGGUGGUGGUCGACAGGCUAUCUAAGUAUGCACAUUUCGCGGCCCUUCCUACACGAUUUGAUGCCUUGCGAGUGGCCCAUUUAUUCGUGAACACGGUCGUUCGCCACCAUGGAUUUCCCAAGACAUUGGUUUCAGAUAGAGACUCGGUAUUCCUGAAUGCGGUUUGGGAAGAGAUUUUACGCCUGAGUGGUACUAAGUUGAAUUUCACGACGGCUUACCAUCCUCAGUCGGAUGGCCAAACCGAGAUUCGAAACAAGGGCCUGGAGCAGUAUUUAAGGGCAUUCACUUCGGAGAGACCGUCUACUUGGUCGAACUUUCUCCCUUGGGCGGAAUUGGCUUUAAAUUGUUUCCAUCACGCUGGCCUCGGUACGUCGCCUUUUAAGGCGUUAUAUGGUAGGGAACCACCCUUGUUGGUAGCGUCAGCUCCCUCUGCGAAAACUCCCACCAACGUAGCCGAAUUGAUUAAACAGAGAGGGGAGUUACUAGUCGAAUUGCGCAAAAAUCUCGCACGAGCACAACAACGCAUGACAGCAGCUGCAAAUAGACAUAGACGUCACGUGGAGUAUGAGGUUGGUGAUUUUGUUUGGCUUAAAUUACAACCAUACCGUCAGCAUUCCGUCGCGAAGCCAAUCUCGGCUAAACUGGCGCGACGUUUCUACGGGCCAUUCGAAGUGCUGAAGCGAAUUGGCCCCGUGGCGUACAAAUUGCGCCUGCCAGAGGGAAGUCGCAUCCAUGAUGUGUUUCACGUUAGUCUCUUGCGUGCCUUUGUUAAGGACGAUCCGAUCGUCCCACUUCCAACGGAGUUUGUCGGAAAUCGCCCGGUCGUCACCCCAGUAGCAAUACUAGAUUCUAAGAUUCUGUGGCAUCAAGGAGCGGCUGUCGAACAUGUCUUAGUUCGAUGGUCGGAUGGGUCGGAUUCACCAUCUUGGGAACCGUUGCAGGAAUUGAUGAAGCGUUAUCCCAAAAUCUCCCUUGAGGACAAGGAAGUUGUUAAGGAGGGGGGAGUUGUUACGACCCCAAUACAGCCACGAAGGACGGAAGGAGUUAGAGAUGAAAGCGUCGACGAGACGGAAGGAGUUGGAGAUGAAAGCAUGGACGACAUUUCACAAACACCAUCGUCGCCGCAUGCACGGAGUGUUGAAUCUUCGUCUCCACCUCUGGAGCUGGGGGAACCACGAGCAGAAAUCAACCAGGAGGUCCCGGAGAGGAGAUUGAGACCGCGCAAAACGAUCAAGCAGCCGGAACGCUUCCAGGAUUUCGCACCCAUACUUAGGAAACACAAUGUUGUGGGUUUUGAAGAUGAGGCAAAAACUUUAAAGGGAUUUCUUGCUGAAGAAACUGAUCAGCUUGAUGUCAUCUCCAUUAUUGGGAUGCCGGGCCUUGGAAAGACUACACUUGCUGGUAAGAUCUUUCAUGAUCAAGAUAUCAAGUACCAGUUCCCAGUGCGCAUAUGGGUUUAUGUCUCUCAAGAUUUCACUAAUAAAGAUAUCUUUCUUUCAAUUUUGAAAGAGUUCACUAAGAUAUCUGAGGAGAUUAGUAGCAAAGGUAAGGAGGAGUUAGCAGGUUUAGUGGCUAAUCAUCUGGCAAAUGUGAAAUUCUUAUUAGUCAUGGAUGAUGUAUGGGCACCUGCAGAUUGGGAAAAACUUCAAAUUGCUUUACCGACCAGUAAGAAGGACAAGUUGGAGGUAUUUGGUAAACCCGAGUUCCCUGAUGAACUGUGCUUUGAAGGAACGGAAAUAGCUAAAAGAUGUGGUGGGUUGCCACUUGCAAUAGUAAUCAUAGGAGGCAUUCUUGUAAAGAAGUUUUCUGCUAACGGUGAUAUGGGUGUCAUUAGACGAGCCUCGCAGAAAGUCACCGAAAGUUUCAAUACAUAUCUAAAUCUUGACAAUGAGAAACGAAUGGCAAAGAUCAUAUCAUUGAGCUAUGAAAAGUUACCUUCGCACUUGAGAUAA